CCGCCCUGUGGUGCCGGCGGCGCUUGUUGUUCAGCGGCGGCGGCUGAGCUCGGGUGCAUCCUCGGGCCCGCCGCCGCCGCCGGAGCGCUCGGCCAUGGAGCUGGAGGUGCCGGACGAGGCGGAGAGCGCCGAGGCGGGGGCCGUGACGGCGGAGGCGGCCUGGUCUGCGGAGAGCGGGGCGGAGGCAGGUGGGACCCAGAAGAAGGCUGUCCUUGCAGAGGCCCCCUCGGUGACGGGGCAGCCAGGCCCUGGCCAUGGGAAGAAGCUGGGUCAUCGAGGCGUGGACGCAUCUGGAGAGACCACAUAUAAGAAGACCACCUCGUCAACCCUGAAGGGUGCCAUCCAGCUGGGGAUCGGGUACACAGUGGGCAACCUCAGCUCCAAGCCGGAGCGGGACGUGCUCAUGCAGGACUUCUACGUGGUGGAGAGCAUCUUCUUCCCCAGCGAAGGGAGCAACCUCACCCCUGCCCACCACUUCCAGGAUUUCCGCUUCAAGACCUAUGCACCUGUUGCCUUCCGUUACUUCCGGGAACUCUUUGGCAUCCGGCCAGACGAUUAUUUGUACUCUCUGUGCAAUGAGCCACUCAUCGAACUCUCCAACCCCGGUGCCAGCGGCUCCGUCUUCUACGUCACCAGCGACGACGAGUUUAUCAUCAAGACUGUCAUGCACAAAGAGGCCGAGUUCCUGCAGAAGCUGCUGCCCGGCUACUACAUGAACCUCAACCAGAACCCGCGCACGUUGCUGCCCAAGUUCUACGGACUGUACUGCGUGCAGUCGGGUGGCAAGAACAUCCGUGUGGUGGUCAUGAACAACGUGCUGCCCCGGGUCGUCAAGAUGCAUCUCAAAUUUGACCUCAAGGGCUCCACUUACAAGCGCAGGGCGAGCAAGAAGGAGAAGGAGAAGAGCCUGCCCACUUACAAGGACCUGGACUUCAUGCAGGACAUGCCCGAGGGGCUGCUGCUGGACGCUGACACCUUUGGUGCCCUGGUUAAGACCCUGCAGCGUGACUGCCUGGUGCUAGAGAGCUUCAAGAUCAUGGACUAUAGCCUCCUGCUGGGUGUGCACAACAUCGACCAGCAGGAGCGGGAGCGCCAGGCCGAAGGUGCCCGGAGCACCGCGGAUGAGAAGCGGCCAGUGGCACAGAAGGCCCUGUACUCCACGGCCAUGGAGUCCAUCCAGGGUGGCGCAGCCCGUGGGGAGGCCAUCGAGACAGACGACACGAUGGGUGGGAUCCCAGCUGUGAACGGGCGUGGGGAGAGACUGUUACUGCACAUCGGAAUCAUUGACAUCCUGCAGUCCUACAGGUUCAUCAAGAAGUUAGAACACACCUGGAAGGCCCUCGUCCAUGAUGGGGACACUGUCUCCGUCCACCGGCCCAGCUUCUAUGCCGAGCGCUUCUUCAAGUUCAUGAGCAGCACAGUCUUCCGGAAGAGUUCAUCCCUGAAGUCCUCUCCAUCCAAGAAAGGGCGUGGUGCCCUGCUGGCGGUCAAACCCCUGGGACCCACGGCGGCUUUCUCAGCUAGCCAGAUCCCCAGUGAGAGGGAAGACGCACAGUAUGACCUGCGGGGGGCCCGCAGCUACCCCACGCUGGAAGAUGAAGGCCGGCCUGACCUCCUGCCCUGCACCCCACCAUCCUUUGAAGAAGCCACCACGGCCUCCAUCGCCACCACCCUGUCGUCCACUUCCCUCUCCAUCCCAGAGCGCUCUCCUUCCGAGACAUCAGAGCAGCCCCGGUACAGGCGGCGCACACAGUCUUCGGGCCAGGAUGGCCGGCCCCAGGAGGAGCCCCACGUGGAGGACCUACAGAAGAUAACAGUCCAGGUGGAGCCAGUGUGUGACGUGGGGAUUGUGGCCCCCCAGGAGCGGGGUGCAGGAGUGGAGGCUCCCCCGUCUGGGGCGUCGGCUACAGCCACUGUGGAAGUGGAUACCACCAGCCAGGCCUCAGAGCCCGCCAGCCAGGCCUCGGAUGAGGAGGACGCGCCCUCCACAGACAUCUAUUUUUUCGCCCACGGGAGAUACUGGCUUUUCUCUCCCCGUCGUCACCAACUGCGGGCCGUGACACCGAGCCACACAGGCGCUCCCACCGACGAGAGGAGCUGGGUGUACUCCCCACUCCACUAUAGCACGCGGCCCGCCUCCGGCGAGAGCGACACAUAACUUCUAUGCAGUCCCCAGUCUGGAGCCCAGUGUCCUUCUGCCACCCCAGCCACUUCUUGGAGGCGCUUGAUCCCCACUGGGGCCCAGAGUUCAGCGACAUCACCCCGAAGGCCCUGGCCCAACCUCGUUCUUGCCCUCCCCACCGACAGAUGCCAUCCCAGGAUAGCUUGGGCCACCAUCUGCCGCCACCUGUGCCUGUUGGGGCGGCAACAUCCGGAGUGCCCGAGUUUAUAUUUAUUUUGGGUCCUUUUUUGCACGGAGAGGGAGCACAGGAGCGAUUUUCCAGGAGAGAGACAGAAGACAGGAAACCAGGAAGAGGCCGCAGCUGCUGGCCUUGGCCGAUCAGGCCCUACAUGGCCUCCUGCCCCAGCGACCACUCUCCAGGGCUCUCAUAGUGGCCUGCAGAAGGGACAGGCCCGGGAGCCUCUGCCUGCUGUCCCAGAUCUGUGCUCCUGAGCUGGACGAGGCCACUGUUGCUGCCUUGGCAGAGCCUCUCCGUCACCUCAGGUUUGGGACCCGAGCAGACCAGGACGAGCCAUGCCCUGUGGACUUUCUGCAUCUUCUCAAACUGCCACAGGAAGGAUGACCCAAAGCACGAAUGUCCUGCUGUUACAAUCACACCUGGCGCUGACUGGGGGCAGCCACGCUGCCUGCCUCCCAUCCCCAUGAAGCCCUGAGUUGGGGGUGUGGUUCCCCUCGACUCUCUGGGCGUUCCCCUUCAGAGCAGCCCUGCCCUGAGAAGAGCAGGUGGGGCUCACCCUGGCUGAAGACAGCAACCAGAGCCAACUGCACCCCAUCUCCACCCACAUGGGACUCCUGGGAAGUAGUAUGCUGGGUGCAGAACCAUCCUGCCCCUGCUUCAAGGAUGCUCCACCACUACGUGUGGUAGGAGUCCAGUGGGACCAGCUGCCAGCCAGGCUGCAGCUCCAGUACACAGCCCAGACCCAUGGGCCCCUGGGUUGCACUGGCAGGGACCUAGAGUCUGGACCUGGCUAGCUUCCAGGGACCACAGCAGGCUAGUAGAGGGGUGAGGAGCCACAGUAGGAGGGACAGACAGGGAUGGAUGCCUGCCACAGUUCGUGUUUGUUAGGUCUCAGAGCCCCUCCACAGGUCUGCGUUGCUUGCUGAUGGGACCCGCAAGUGGCGAGUGAAAACCCACGUGGUGAGCCACUGACUUCCAGCCUGCACAGACCACUCCAGGAAAGCAUUGUGUCAUGUCUGUCAUUCCUAGUCUUGGAAGGCUAAGGCAGGAGGACUGUGGCAAGUUCCAAGCUAGGCUGGGCUACAGAGUGAAAAGACCAAAAGAGAAAGAAAAAAAAAGAGAGAGGUGGAGCGCUGGUGAGUGACCGGCAGCAGGAGCUCUAGGUUCCAGCCCUUGGGAGGUGGAGACGGAGCAGUUCAAGGUCAUCCUUGCCUAUAUAUCCAGUCGGAGGCCAGCUUGGGCUACAUGAGACCCUCUCAAAAAACAAUCUGUAAAUAGUAUUUGUGACUCCCAUCCUGUACCCCCAUCCUGUUCUCUCCAACGGCCGCUAUCGCCCCACCGUGGACGGCGUGUGAACUGUACUGUAAGGACCAGCGGCACCUCCAAGGCUGAGGUGUCCUCGGUCCGUCUCUGUCCCCCCCCCCCCAGCCAUCCUAGCAAGUCCCCUGUCCAGCCCCACAGCAACCUCAGUGCAAUAUGCUCUUCCCGUGGGGUCCCUUGGCACGGUACUGUCUCCGCAGUCCUUCCGUCCCCCGCCCCCACCUCCUCUCUCCGGUGGUUAAAAAUCGCAUCGCAUACCCUCACCCCGGUCCUGUUUUUAUUGCUGAAUCCAUUCUGAAAACUACAAACCUCGUGUGUCUUAUUCAUCAGGGCGAGGGAAUCCCGGAUCCUCAGCCCCUGCUGUCUGGUGUGUGACAAUCCAAGCACGGUGUCCCCCGGCACCAAUCGGGGCCCUGUCCCUCCAGUGCAGCCGCUGCUGGCCGAAGCCAGCAUCCGUAUGCAGCCCAGGUUCCCGCCCCACCCGCCACAGCUCCUCUUUUUAAGUUGAGGUCUCUAAUAAAUCGGGUAUAAACAGCUCGCCUCCGAUGACG